UCCUCCAGGUUAGCAGGAAGAGAUGCCGGGUUAUUUCAAAUUGAAAAUUACUUCAGCAGGAUUGGGAGAGGAAACAGCGUUUAAGUUAAUACAGGGAUACAUACUAUUCCAAGUAACCCAUCACAGAAUGUACCUUGUGUAUGCUUUCAACUUCAUUUCUUAUAUACGUAGUUGUAUUUACUGAUGGGACGCGUGUCAGAUUCUCACUUUUGUUUAGGGAGUUGCAGGAUUCUUAUUUUUCAGUUAAAUUCCUUUAGGUCUAUUUCAGUUUAAAUGAAACACUAUGAAAACAUUGCUAAGUUUUUCUCAACUAUUUACCUACAUAUAUAACCCAAAGUGCAGUAUUUUAGGGUUUUGGUGAUAAAGUUUCAUACCAAAUACUUAAAUCUGCACUGUAGACUCAGGGCUAUGUGAGUUACUGUGGGCAUUAAACAAGAAGUAUUAAACUGAUUUUUGCUUUCAAGGAACUCAUGGUAAAAGUAAUAACAAUUAAUAGAGAGCAGUACCAUAUUAUGUGAACAGUUACUGUGCAUACCAGAUUAUUUGGGAGGAAAAGGAGAAGAUUAAUAGGUGGGCAGUUAAAGUUCUUUGGAAGAAGUAGGCCUUUAGUUGAAGAAUGCCUCAUUUGGACAGUUAGAUAUAGGAGGACAUCCCCCCCCCCCAUUAGUACUUUCACUGUUGUGAAUAAUAAUUAAUGAGAAUUAAUUAUUAAAUCUCUUUCUGAAGAACAUUAGCUCCAUAAUGGCCGUAGCUGGAAUAAUGUUACUUCUAAGAAGUGUUCGACUGACAUCAAAAUUUACAAGUUCUUCAGAUAUCCCAGUAGAAUUUAUAAGGAGGAAUGUUAAACUACGCGGACGAUUACGCCGAAUAACCGAGAAUGGUUUCGAAAUUGAACAUAUUCCUAUUACUUUGCCUGUUAUAUCUUCAUGGAGAAAAGAGCCAUGUGGUGUUUUACUGGUUAAGCUGGCUGGAGUGGAACUUACUGAAACGGGGAAGGUGUGGUUACAAAAAGAACUAAAACCUUCCCAACUACUGUGGUUCCAACUUCUUGGAAAGGAGAAUUCAACACUCUUUUGCUACCUUUUAGUGAAUAAGGGUAGAUUUUUUAAUGUGAGUCUGAAUGAAGAAAUUUUGAGAAGAGGCCUUGGCAAAACUGUUCUUGUUAAAGGGCUAAAUUAUGAUUCUAAAAUAUAUUGGAAAAUUCACAGAAACUUACUUAAAGCUGAAUUAACAGCCUUAAAAAAAAGAGAAGGACUAUGGAAGGAAGAAUAUGAAAAAGAAAGUUAUUUGGAAAAAUUCAAAGGCUCCUGGAGAGAAAUAUGGAAAAAAGACAACUAUUUAAAAAAAAAUGGAUCAGAUUUCAACUUGAAAAAAGAAAGUUAUUAUGACAGAUUUAGAAGUACUUACGAAGCAUGGAAAGACAACUCCUUAACACUGAAGUUCAGAGAACUUAUGAGUCGCAUACACUUCCGUAGGAAAGGGUGAAAUAUUCCAAGAGGCCUGGAGGGGACCUACUCUGUAAAGAAUAAAAUAUGUAAAUAUAUGGAUA